ACAACCCGGAACAUGAAUUGCGCAAGCGCAUUAAUUAUGAGAAUAGCAACAUAACAGAUUUAGGCAUUUAUUUAUUGAGCAUAAUUUAUACAAACUGUUUGUGUUGACAUGGGUGUAUUUGUUGUGGAAAUAUUUCUUUGACCUGUACGUAUGGGACACUCUUUGGAUUUGAUGUGGGAUGAAAGACCAAUCGUACAAACCCGUGUCAGAUUCCCCAGCAAAAUUUGAGGGGAAGAUGAGUAAAAAAGUUCGUAAAUGGGAAGUGUUUCCUGGCAAAAAUAAGUUUUGUUGUAAUGGUCGUAUUAUGAUGGCAAGACAAAAUGGGAUAUUUUACUUCACAUGUACACUGAUUAUCGCUACAUGUGGAUUAUUUUUUGGUUUUGACUGCCCCUAUCUUGCUGUCCAUGUGACACCAGCUAUUCCGGCGGUGGGUGGGGCACUGUUUGUAUUCGUGAUGGCGACGUUGUUUAGAACGAGCUUCAGUGAUCCUGGGGUCAUACCAAGAGCCACGCCGGAUGAAGCAGCAGAUAUCGAGAGACAAAUAGAUAUACCAAAUCCAGGUGGUCCUACAGCGUAUCGGCCACCGCCGCGCACAAAGGAGGUCCUUAUUAGGGGCCAGGUGGUGAAGCUCAAGUACUGCUUCACGUGUAAAAUAUUCCGCCCUCCUCGGGCCUCGCACUGCAGUCUAUGUGAUAACUGUGUAGAGCGUUUUGAUCACCACUGCCCGUGGUUGGGGAACUGCGUGGGCAAGCGUAACUACCGCUUCUUCUACCUGUUCAUCCUCUCCCUGUCCAUCCUGUGUAUCUACAUCUUCGCCUGCGUCCUCACACAUCUCAUCUUAAGAUCACAGGCAGACAAUUUUCUUCAUGCAAUGAGAGAUUCCCCGGCCAGUAUUGUGGAAGCGAUAAUUUGUUUCUUUUCGGUGUGGUCAAUUAUUGGCCUGGCUGGUUUCCACACGUAUCUGGCCGCAAGCGAACAAACCACAAACGAAGAUAUAAAAGGAUCAUUUUCAUCAAAAAGAAAUCAAGAGAAUUUCAACCCAUACAGCCAUGGUUCAAUAUUCAAAAAUUGCAUGAGCGUGUUAUGUGGACCUAACCCACCUAGUCUGCUAGACCGCACGGGUCUCAUACACCUGACCCGAGACAUGGACACAGCCCAGGUGUACCCGAUGGGAAAGGAUGGUGUUGUGAAGAGAGACUACUAUGGAUCUACCAACGUAACCAAACAGAAACAGACAAACAGUGUGGGUACUAACACCAUGACAGACAACGUCACCAAGCAUAAUAUGAUCAGUUACCAAACACCGGACGGGACCAUCUCUAACCGGCUGCCCCCGCCCAACGGAAACAAAAACCCCAUGUGGAACAUGACCCUUAAUCAGCUGAACAAGUAUAACGCUGAACUGAACUCAAGGGGUCUUCCCCAUGCAGAAGCAGUGUGGUCAAGGAAUGAAUUGGCCAAUAGGAUUCCUGAUACGGAAGGUCAUGUGACUAUCUCCACCAAUCAGAUGCAAGUGCAGUCUCCCAAUCAUAAUACUACCAUAGUGAAGCCAUUCAUGAAUGGAAACAAACAUAGCAGCUCUGAGAACUGUUUGUCAAAUCCUGCACAAAAUGUGUAGUUUUCGUAGUUGAAGAUCGUUUUGUCUGUGUGAUUAUUAUUUCACAUUUUUUAGUAGGUGAUUUUGUCAUCAUAAUAUUAUAGACCUGUAAAAAUAUUGAUGUAGUUAUUUAAUACCUUGUUAAGUGUUUCUUUUACUUACAUAUUACAUGUUGAGUGUUGUAAGAUCAUAUUUCUGUGGGAACAAUGUUAAAAGAUUUUCACGCUGUUGGCAUUGUCUUCAGUUACUGCCAAUCAAGUGCUUUAAUUUUCAGUUUUUACAGAUUGUUUCAUAAAUCAUUAAUUGCAUGUACAUUGUAUGUUAAGUUUUAACCAAAACAAAAACCAUACAUUAUAAUGUUUUAAGUGUAGCUUCUAUUUUAGUCAAAUACUUUUAGGGUUGUCAAUGCAUAUUCGGAUAUGUGAAUAUCCAGAUACUGGGUAAGUUUACAAACUGUUAUGAAAAAAUAUUCAUGGUUUAUUAAGCAUACAAAUGUCUUGUUGUUCAAGUUUAUUGAUGAAAUAAAUAAGCGCUUCAGGCCAUCUCCACACAUUCUCUGACAUGUCAUAAACAUGCUUGAUUGAUAGCUAUUAACGUAUUAACAUCAAACAUUGCUUUCAUAAUCCAAUGAGCCAAUUAAGUGUGUUUCCUGAUAAUAACUGGUUCUCUAUCAAUUAACAAUGUCAAUGAUAUAUGUUUCAUGAAUUCAUUAGAAACGAUCUUAUUGAAUACACUUAUUAUUACUAUUUAUGUAUAAAUAACCUUUGCAAACGAAUUUACGAAUAUGUCUGCACAUUUAGGGCAAUAUAACUGAUCUACCAGUUAUCCGAAUUGUAUCCAGUGAUGUGUUAAUGAUCCGGAUAUUACAUAUGGAUAUGCAGGUACAAUGUCUGGCAUCUGUUCCCAUCCUAAAAUUACAGAUGACUGUAUGGGUUAUUGAAACCUGUUGUCUGAGGAUAUUCAUAUUUGCUCAUGAUUGCUAAAUAAUCAAAUAAGAGAUAUCACUUUGUUUUGGAAUAGAGGAUUGGUAUUAAUGUGUCGGUACUGUGAUUCGAAUAUUGUAAUGUAAUUUUUUUUAUAAUAAUGAAAUGUGCUUGUAAUUGAAUAAAGCCUUUUUACUGAGGUGAAAAUACAAGACCAUGUGAUAUGAGCAGUGUCAUACAGAAAUGGGUCUUGUUCCAUACGAUGCCUGUGUAGCUUUUAACCAGCCUGGGCCAUCAUACAGUCAGGUCAUGCAGGAGCUACGCUUUCGGCUAAACAAUCACGCAAGGUUGAGUUGUCUGAUUAGUAGACAGGGUAGCCCAGGGCCAGUCUCUGCGGAUGUACAAGCUGGGUUUGAGCUAAGAGUAGCUCCAACCAGAGGGCAGCAUAUGGCAUAAGAUAAAGACACAUUUUUGCAUUGCUCUGGUAAUAUAUCUUUGUUGGAAGGUGGUAGAACAAAAUUGAUGAGUUUGUAUUACGAAUUUGCUUUUUGACUGUCAUAUAUGAAAUCAUAUGAAAAAAAAGUCAAUACUCUUUAAGGCAAUAUCAAACCAUGUGUGAAGGCUAUUGAACAAAAUAAUGUGUUUUGUGCUACCUUUUUGCUAUUUUACUGUUGUAUUCGAUCACGUAUUGUCUUAUCUUGAGGGUUAACAGGGUAGAGGACAAAAGUCAUAUAUCUCAUACAGAAAUGUAGGUAUAUAGCUGUCUCAAGCUCAUCCCUUGACUUGUCACUUGUUAUAGAAAUUUUUGUACAUCUGCAAAUGAUGUAUGAAGGGGUUGUAUUGAAAGUCUUUUGUUAGUGAGUCAGUCUGUUCACAUGAAAAUGUUAUUAAUUGUUGAGCAAAUUACUUCAACAUUUUUCAAGCAAUUACAUUGAAACUUCAAAUACGUCAUCAUCAUGAAGUGCAAAUGCACUUAUUCCAGGACCAAUGAUCCAUAGCAUACAGAUAUGUUGGGUAAUAGUCUUGUUUGUGACAAAGGUCUAGUUGAUCUAGAUGUGAUAGAAAUGCAAACAAUACAUGGUAUUUUAUUUUAUCGUUGAAUUAUUUGUUUUAUUAUGAACCUUGUAAAAAAAGAAUAAGAUGUUUUGUAAAUGUUAUAUUUAUGACUUCUAUAUGCAUGAAAUUGCAUGUCAUACCUUAAUGACAACUUAUGACAAAUUGUGCAAUUACAUUACAUUAUUUAUGAGGCUGUUGUAUUUGUUUAUUGUUGAAUGUCAAUUUUUAUCAUACACAAUCAUCAAACCAGUGCUGAAGUUGUAUAGCAUUGUUAAUUUUAUCAUCAAUGUUUCAAAUGGAUCAUUGUAAACUGUAAUGUUUUUUUAAAUAACAAUAAGAAAGUUUAUUUCUUACAUUCUGCUUUUCAACAAUAUUUAUUCUGCAAAAUGUGUCAUUGUUCUCUAUUAGUCUUUGUCGUUGUUUAUAGUAUUUAAUUAAAGGCAUUGUUUGUCUGGUAUUAAUAUUGACCUCAGUUGUGUUCUCAUAAUAUUUUAUACGAGAAUGCAUACACUAUGGUUUGAAUGUCACUCUCAUUGAACAAUUUAUAAAAUUUAGAAAACUUAACCCUCUGAGUGAAUAGCUUGGUAUUUUCAAUUUUAAAGAUAGAUACAUUCUUAUGUAACAUUUCAUUAACAUUUAACAUCAUUGUAAAUAUUUUAAAUGUAGUGGUAGUAUUCCAUAACAGUCUCGCAUCUUGUAAAAUUUUCUCACUGUUGUUUGUAAAGAAAAAAAAGUGUUUUUACAAUGAACAUAUUCAUAUCCCUUGUAUCUUUGGUAGGUUUCUUUUCACAAAAACCAAGACUAGUUCACUGUUGUAGUGCUAUUACUGUGUGCACAUAUAUGUACUGUCAAACAGCUUCAAUUUCAUAUACAUGUUGUUAUUGUUCCAAACAUUCCUGUUUUUGCUAUGUAGGUGUGAAUUAUUAAUUUCUACAUUCAUUAUUUGAUAAUACCUUAAUGAAGUAAAGAAGCAAGCGUGUGGUAUCUGUUGAUAUGUUACUCAAAUGCCUUCUCUACUUAAAUCUCAUGUUUUAUUUAAUAAAUUUUAGUUUGGUAAUCAUGCUUUAAUGCACCAUGAUAAAACUGAAAAGUUGUAUUUCCUUAAUAGAAUUUAAAUCAACAUUUUGCUUUUCAAUACUUAAUGCUUAUGUCAAAAACAAGGUUAUGUAUACAAACCAAAGGUCACUGCUCAGAUAUUUAAAAUUAAAUGUAUAUUGUAAGUAUUGUGUCAUCUUUUGCUAGUUGUUUCAAACUAUCAUCGUUCAGUUGCAUUUACCCUAUGUUUUCUGAUAAAACUUUUUUUCCCUAAAAAGUGUGUAAAAUAUUGUGAUAUAUGUUUCCUCGUGACAUAUGAUUUAAAAAUGUUAGAAUCUAUUUUAUUUGUUUCUCUUAUUACCAACACACACGUUUUACAUGCAUCAAUUUGAAUUGUGAGAAAAUUUUUAGUAGGUUUUAUACACAUAAACAUUUGUUUCUACUCAUUGAAUACAUGUAUAAUUUUUUCGGAAACAAUAUUGUAAAAUUAGUAACAUAAACAAGAUUUACUUUCUAUAAGAACAAACUAAACAGUAAUUAUGAAGCUAUAUUUGAUUUAAAGUUUGAAUCUUGUUAUUGGUUUAAUAUUAUUUGAAUGAUACAUGUUAAUUGAUCUUAUAUUCCCCUGUAACGAUAAUGGUAGAGAUUUCUGUUACUAAGUCAUAAGUGAUUGCUUUUAUUAUUUUAACUUUCAAUAUAUGUUUGUAAUUAAGCUGCAAUAAAAGUUUAAGACUCAA